GUUUGACUUCAAGUAUAAUUUGGUGGGGUAUGUUGCGCGAGUCAUUUUAGAGGGUGGGGCUAGUCAGUACGUAUGGGCUUUCACAUGUCGGUUCCAUUCCAUUGUCUAAUAGCACUCAAAUGGCGACUGAAAUGUGCUUCUAAUGGAAUUCUCCUUAGUGCACUUGGUAUGCAGUACGGCGAUUACUACAUGAUACUCCUUACUAAUCUCCUCCAACAAUUUAUCAAGACACAGAGGUUGCAAUCUAUUACAGACCCCCUCCUUCCUCUUUGGUCACCAAAGAUGCUUGUUGCUUACAGGAUGCAUGAACGAUCCGUCGCUUCUUGUCUAGUUUGCAGAUCACGCCCAGCCAUCAUACAACAUAUCCGACUGCAACCUUCUCCGCAUCCUCACCAUAGCCUACAACGCAGACACUACAACAGCACUCCAGCCCACACCAUCAUCGACCUAAGAGUCUGGCUUCAGCUCAUAAUCCCCUAAAGUAAUUAGAGCAAUGGUUGUCGGAUCAAACGCCUACAUAGUCCGGCCCGCCAACAAUGUCGAAGAAGCAUCCGCCUUAUGGUGUCCCUUAAUACAAGAGCUAGGCUGGGUAACCUUUCCUCGUCUGUCUCCAUCUAUCCCCUCCUAACACGCACGCU